ACCACUAGAUCUUGCCCAAAGGAGAGACACUUCAUAGUUCAUAACAGUAUAAAAAUGUAUGAAAACAUAAAACUAGAACAAAGCUAUUCCAAUCCAGUUUUACUUCGAUCCGACCCGUAAGAAGCCACCCGACCCAGGUUCCUUUUCCCUCCCUGGUUUUUUCUCGGAAAAGAGCGAGCUAGGAAUUUUUUUUUACGACCAAACUCGAAUUGCAGUUAAAACCCCAACAGACACACUCCAAUUAUUCGAUUUUUCUUUAUUUUUCGUCAAUUAAUUUUAGAAUCCCGCGCAAUCUAUCUGGACCAAGAAAUUCCCUUGUCCUCUGUGUAAUGUUUCUUCUCUCUCGCGCCCUAAUUAUCGAAUCUUUGUAUCGAUGAAUUCGGUGUUUCCGAUGGCGGAGGAGAAGAGGGCGUCGUCGUUCGUGAAGAAAGGCGACCGGCAAAUGUUCACGGUGGAGCUCCGGCCAGGUGAGACCACCAUAGUUUCGUGGAAGAAGCUGUUGAAGGACGCUAACAAGCCCAACGGAUCCACUUCGGUGCCACAGUACGUCGCAAUCGCUCCGGGUCAACCUGUUGAGGUCGAAGAAACAGAUCCUUCUCAGCCAAACCGUUUCAGUGCUGUAAUAGAGAAGAUUGAACGCCUUUACAUGGGUAAGGAUAGUAGUGAUGAUGAGGAUCUGCUUGAUGUUCCUGAUGAUGAUCAGUAUGAUACUGAAGACUCUUUUAUAGAUGAUGCUGAACUGGAUGAAUAUUUUGAGGUUGAUAAUUCUGCAAUCAAACAUGAUGGGUUCUUUGUAAAUAGGGGGAAAUUGGAACGCAUAAAUGAACCUCCUGUACUACCUAAUCAGCAACCAAAGAAAAGGCGCAGAAAAGAUAUAUUGAAGAAUGCUGGUGAAAGCAAUGAUGGUCAUGGAUCAAAUAAAAAUGUAAAAGUUGGCAGGCCAGCAUCUGCCAAAACAGCUUCACUACAGGCAAAGCAUAUGUUAAAUUCGUCUGAGAAUUUAGUUGCACCUGGUGAACAUAUUGAAGACUUGAAACUUCCAAAUCAACCAGACGUCUCUGGAAUUAUUUCGAAAAGGAAAACUGCUGAUACUAAACCAAUAUUGAACCCUUCUGUCUCUUUGAAAACAUCAAGUGAUGAUGUUCCUGCUGUAACAGAUGCAAAAGAUGCUGACAAGCAGAAGAUAGGAGCUUUUCAAUCUAAGAACAUUAGUGAUAAAUAUAAAGAUGACAGUGGAUCAUUUGAUGCAUCUCAUCAUAAAUACAAUGAAAAAAGUGCUUAUGCUCAUUCCAAAUCCCAAGCUGGAAGACCCCUAAGUAAUAUUGAUGAUUUGGAAAAUAUCAAUCGGACAAAAGAAAAAAAUGGUAUGCGUGAGCUGCCAGAUCUUAACUUGUCUGAGGGAAAGUCUGCUACCCAAGCAACAAAAUCUGAAAACAUGCACAAGAAAGAGGGUUCUAGUGUUAGGCCAAAAACUUCAAUGCUUGAAAAGGCUCUUUGUGAGUUGGAAAAAAUGGUUGCAGAAUCUAGGCCACCAGCAGUGGAUAACCAAGAGGCUGAUGCUACAUCCCAGGCAGUCAAAAGGAGGUUGCCUAGAGAAAUAAAGCUAAAGCUUGCUAAAGUUGCUAGACUAGCGGCAACGCAUGGGAAAGUAUCAAAAGAGUUAAUUAACCGUCUUAUGAGUAUUCUUGGGCAUCUGAUUCAGCUAAGAACAUUAAAGAGAAACUUAAAAAUAAUGAUCAAUAUGGGUCUUUCAGCAAAGCAGGAGGAGGAUAAUAGGUUUCAACAGAUAAAGAAGGAAGUUGUUGAUUUGAUUAAGAUGCAGGCCCCUACUCUGGAAUCCAAGCAGCAGCAGAAAGGUGAAGCAUCUGGUGAUUUUCAAGAAUUUGGUCCUGAUGGAAAACCAAUAACUAAAAGGAAGUUUACUAUGGAUGCUGCAUUGGAGGACAAGAUUUGUGAUCUCUAUGAUCUUUUUGUAGAUGGGUUGGAUGAAAAUGCAGGUCCACAGAUCAGAAAGUUGUAUGCUGAGCUUGCACAGUUAUGGCCCAGUGGUUACAUGGACAAUCAUGGGAUCAAACGUGGAAUUUGCAGGGCAAAAGAGAGGCGCAGAGCACUGUACAACAAACAUAAGGAUCAGGAGAAAAUUAAGAGGAAAAAGUUGCUGGUACCUAAGCAAGAGGAGAAUGUUCGAUUUGAUAUCAAUUCAAUUGCUUCACAGCAGAACCCACGGGAGAGAUCAGCUCCAGAGUCUAGCAGUCAUGCUUAUACUUCAGGGAACAAGCAAGCUUCUAACACAAGCACGACUGGCCGGUUCCCUUGUCCAAUGAAUGGUCUAAAACAAGAAAAAACAAAGGGAAGUUCAAGCAGUUCCGUGGAUGAUGUCAGGGCUGCAGAUGGUGUUUUGACAAAGAAGGUAAAGAGAAAACCAGAACUUGAGUUGGAAGGAGGACAUUUAGGUGCUGAGAAGGUAGCUUCCUUGCAGGGAGAAGAAAGGCCCAGGUCCCUAAAGCAGUCUAUAGGGUCACUUCCCACCAAAUCAAAUCUUCAGCCAACAUCUCUGCCUGAUCUUGAACAGUCAAGCUAACGUAGUAUCAUGUAGGAGGUUUAGAGGUUUACGAAGCAGAAUGUCUGUCUCAUUUUUUCUUUUCAAUUUUUUUUUCCUAAUUCCCUUCUCUAUCAAAUAGUUUAUAGUUUAUUUCUUAUCAUUUUUGUAAUUAUAUGUCCUUGCAAUGUUCUUCGAAAUAUAGAUAGAUUUAAUGUUAUUAGUGAUGCACUGGCAAAGAGUUUACGCUUCUCUGAGGCAA